UUAUUUUGAAAGAUAGGAAAAGAGUUAGAGUUUGCAGGUCUUAUCAAAUCUCCUGUAAAGUCAUUCCAGGCCUACAGAUACAGUAAAAAGCUACAUAUAAAGGAGACUAGCGGUCCAGAACCCUGGAGCCUGAAGAGCAAACAGCAGCUGCACUGCUAAAUCUUGGCGCUAACAUGCUGUAUUUGGAAAGCCCAGCCCAGCCACAGUACAAUGAGUCCCAGUACACAAAUCUGGGGCUGUUGAACAGCAUGGACCAGCAACUACAAAAUGGAGGUUCAACUUCCACCAGCCCUUACAAUAAUGAGCAUGCCCAAAACAAUGUGACAGCUCCUUCACCCUAUGCACAGCCCAGCUCAACUUUUGAUGCCCUCUCCCCUUCCCCUGCCAUCCCCUCCAAUACAGAUUAUCCUGGACCACACACCUUUGAUGUUUCUUUCCAGCAGUCCAGCACUGCAAAAUCUGCUACAUGGACGUACUCCACUGAUUUAAAGAAGCUUUACUGCCAGAUAGCCAAGACAUGCCCAAUUCAGAUAAAGGUGAUGACUCCGCCCCCACAGGGUGCUGUAAUUAGGGCAAUGCCAGUGUACAAGAAAGCAGAGCAUGUCACAGAGGUGGUCAAACGCUGCCCCAAUCAUGAGCUGAGCCGUGAGUUUAAUGAUGGUCAAGUAGCUCCACCAAGCCACUUGAUAAGAGUGGAAGGAAACAGUCAUGCACAGUACGUGGAGGAUCCAAUAACUGGUCGACAGAGUGUUCUGGUGCCAUAUGAACCUCCACAGGUGGGCACCGAAUUCACCACUAUUUUAUAUAACUUUAUGUGCAACAGCAGUUGUGUAGGAGGAAUGAACAGGCGUCCAAUUCUCAUCAUUGUGACAUUGGAAACUAGAGAUGGCCAAGUUUUGGGCCGCCGCUGUUUUGAAGCACGGAUUUGUGCCUGCCCAGGCCGAGAUCGAAAAGCAGAUGAAGAUAGCAUUCGAAAGCAACAGGUCCCAGAUGGGACAAAAAAUGGUGAUGCUUUUCGGCAGGCCUCCCAUGGAAUCCAAAUUCAGUCAAUUAAAAAGAGGAGAUCAACAGAUGAUGAAUUGUUUUGUUUGCCUAUCAAAGGACGAGAGACAUAUGAAAUACUACUGAAAAUUAAAGAGUCCCUUGAGCUCAUGCAGUAUCUGCCACAGCAUACAAUUGAAACAUACAGGCAGCAACAGCAGCAUCUGCUCCAAAAACAGACCUCCUUGCAGUCACAGCCGUCCUUUGGUUCCAGCUCACCUCCUCUCAGCAAAGUCCCAAGUAUGAACAAAUUGCCCUCUGUCAGCCAGCUCAUCAACCCACAACAGCGAAACACAUUGACCCCUUCUGGCAUGUCAGGAAGUCUUUCAGACAUGACUCCAAUGAUGGCAACACACAUGCCAAUGAACAAUGAUAUGAAUGCACUGAGUCCCACGCAAGCUUUGCAGACUCAACUUCCUAUGCCACCUUCAUCCCAUUGUACUCCUCCACCACCCUACCCCACUGACAGCAGUAUCUCAAGCUUCCUUGUACGACUGGGCUGCUCAUCUUGUUUGGACUAUUUCACCACACAGGGUCUCACUAACAUCUAUCAGAUUGAGCAUUACUCUCUGGAGGACUUGUCCCGACUGAAAAUCCCAGAGCAGUUCCAACAUCUCAUUUGGAAGGGUAUCCUGGACCAUCGGCAAUCAUUGGAGUAUUCACCUCCACCUCACCUGCUGCGUUCAUCCAGUGGGGCAUCGACGGUCAACGUGGGUUCUGCUGAGGCACGCGGAGAACGUGUUAUCGAUGCAGUACGCUUUACUCUGCGUCAGACCAUCUCCUUUCCUCCACGCGAUGACUGGAGUGAUUUCUCAUUUGAUAUGGAUGCCCGACGGAAUAAGCAGCAGCGCAUCAAGGAGGAAGGCGAGUGAUGUGAACCUCUGGGCAUAUAUAGCUGAGACUUACUAGAUCAGGAGUUCCUUGCUCCUUCCCUUAAACUACUAAAGGCCUUUGCACUUAUUUUGGUUUUCAGAUGUAGCUUUUCUAUGUUGUUUAGGCACCAUUUGGUUUAGCAAAUGUGUCAGAGCACUUACCCACGAGAAUUUCAUCUUCUGAAUAUACACAUUGUGGGGGAAUGUUUCUAUGCAUUCACACUUUAAAAAUCUAAGCUGAAAUAUAAGCUAAAGGAGUUCAAAGUUAUAUAAUGUCAAGUUACAUUUUUGUAUAUGUAAUUAAAAAAAACUGCAAAAAGUAUUAGGUCAUCUUUAAAUAAGUGUAUUUGCUGGUUGCAGUUAAAUUCAGCAUUAUCCGGUUAUAAUUAUGCCUUUUUCAGUGUCACUCUGCUGGUUGCAGAUUUCUUUUCUCCUUAAACAUAUUCUUUUCAAAAAGUAUUGCAUUAUAGCAACACAUGCAGAACCUGUAAUGAAAACAUUGCUUAUAUUUACAUAAAGUGGUAAAUCAUUUCAUAAAGAGAAGAAAAUACAUUGUGUAAAUAUAUGUACAUUAUAUGUGCAUUAUAUGUUAUAUACAAAUAUAUAAAAGAUGCUUCUCCCCAGAAGGUGCAUAUGCAGCACUAAGAAAAAGCCUAAGAAAACAGGGUUAUGGAAGAUGCAUGUGAAAUAUCUAUAAUUAUAAAGUCCAAAAUUUCAACAGGUAAAAUUUUAAAUAUGUUUUCAUAAUUGUUGUGUACAGGAAUAUUUCAAUUUUUUGAAUAAAUUUAAACAAAAAAGAAGUUAAUUACACAGUUAUGUGGAUACUGAUAAGAUAUCUGUAUAAAAAUAAACUUACUUUGCUUGCCUUGUUUUAACUUUGAAGCUUGAAACAAAAACAGCAAAUUAAGUAGAGCUAGUCAAUUUUAUAUCUAAUUGUAAAAAAGCUUGUAUAUAGUUUUCAGUUAAAAAUUUAUAAACUUUUUUUUUAUUUUAGAAAAUGUUCAUAAGACAUCUAGUCUUUCAAUAAAACUUUAAAUAAAAAAGGUUGUUUGAAU